AUGGGAGUCAGUGCCCAGCAAGGCAAGGCCUUGGAGGAGCUGACGUUCUACCUGUCUCUUCUGCUGGAUGGCAUCCGAACUGUUGGUCUGGCUGUAAGCGGCCAGGACGGGGCGGAGAGGAAGCCUCUCCACCACGCCCGCAGCCUCUCUGCUGCCGACCGUGCCUCAGGAGACCCGGACCCACAGCUGAGCCCGAAGCUCCGUGAGGAGACCGAGGCGUCGCAGGUGAUGGCGGAGACGGUGGAGCGGAGCUUGGAGGCCGUCGCGCUCCCACCGCCCCAGCUCGCACAGGAGGGGGGAGCGCCCCACGACCCCGCGGGCUGUGGCCAUGCCCCCCAGAUCCGAGGCGGUGCGGAUCGCGGUUGCGUAGCGACCACAGCGGGGCAAGAAGAGGCUCCGCCUCCCACGGAGGGCCUGGAAGCGGCGUCUGCGUCCGUGGCAACGGACAGCAGCCUGGAAAACGGCUGUCAGCGUCGCGAGUCGGGCGGGGAGAAGGCUCUAGAAGCCUGUGGCGCAGAGAAGUCCGGGUCUGAGGUGAUGGCGGAGGCGAGGGCCGAGGAAGCGAAGACCGAAAAGUGCUCCGUCUUCUCGGGAGCAGGGGAUGAGGAGGUGGUGCAGAAGGGAGGAGCGGAGGAGGAGGACGGAGGGAGGCAGGCGAUGGAGGUCGAGGAGAGGCCAGUAGGUGAAGAAACGGAAAUGGUGGAGGAAACCAGAGCGGCGGCGGAGGUGCGGGGGGAGGCAGGGCCCCCGCCCCUGGGCGUGGGUCUCCGCAUGAACCCCCUGGAGGCCAUCCAGCUGGAACUGGACACGGUGAAUGCGCAGGCUGACAGGGCCUUUCAGCAGCUGGAGCAGAAGUUUGGACGCAUGCGUCGACACUACCUGGAGCGCAGGAACUACAUCAUUCAGAAUAUCCCGGGCUUCUGGGUCACAGCCUUUCGGAACCACCCCCAGUUGUCCCCCCUGAUUAGGGGCCGGGAUGCGGAGAUGUUAAGAUACGUAACCAAUUUGGAGGUGAAGGAGCUCAGACACCCUAGGACUGGCUGCAAGUUCAAGUUCUUCUUUCGAAGAAACCCCUACUUCCUAAACAAGCUGAUUGUCAAGGAAUAUGAGGUCAGAGCCUCUGGCCGGGUGGUGUCUCUUUCCACUCCAAUCAUAUGGCGCCAGGGCCGUGAACCCCAGUCCUUCAUUCGCAGGAACCAAGACGUCGUGUGCAGUUUCUUCACCUGGUUUUCAGACCACAGCCUUCCGGAGUCUGACAGGAUUGCUGAGAUUAUCAAAGAGGACCUGUGGCCAAAUCCACUGCAGUACUACCUGUUGCGGGAAGGAGCGCGCAGACCCAGACGUCGCCGGAUAAGAGAGCCAGUGGAGAUCCCCAGGCCCUUUGGGUUCCAGUCUGGUUGAACUUUGCCCUUGGGAAUGCUCCCGCACAAGGUCCCCUCCCACCUCUUGCUGGACCUGUGCUUGGGCAACAGAAAGGAGUAUGCCUUCUACUUUUUUUUUUUUUCCCCUGACAUUUCUCCACAUUUUUUCCUCUGGACGUUCAGUUCUUUCAGCCUCAAGAUUGGACCUUCAUGGCCAUGCUCCUCCACUUCCACAUGGCCUUCAUGCUGUUCUGUGCUACUGUCACAUGCUGCAUGGCCAUGAUUCCCACCAAUCCUAAGCCAACCAAAUGAUGCUGUAGAUUGCAUGCCUUUGUCUGCACUGCUUGGAUCCUGUUUGCUGUCAGGGCCUCUGGUUUGGCUCUUACCACCUGGAAUUCUAGCUUUGUCUGGGAGCCCAUUCUGCCCACUUUGCAGUGCAGGCAUAUAGCCUCUGGACAGUUGUGGGGCAUUAAUGAUAUCAAGGGAGAGCAGCAGUGGGCGAUUUGGUCUUUGUGAUUUAUGGGACUCUCUUGCACCUCUUGCACUGUGGUCACCUCCUGGUUUUGCCUGCUGCUACCUACUGGAUGAACAGCUUCCAGACCAUUGUCAGCCCCACUGUCUGGUUUCUGGUAAACAAGAAGCUCCAGAACUGGUGGUGGACUCAGGUUUCCUGCUAGCACAUAAAAGACCUCUCCUCUAUUCCUUACCCCCUCUUCCUUCCACCCCCUGUCAUCCAGGAACCCUACUAACUGUUAAGCAGGUGGUUGAGGUGACAAGUUAGAUCUUGUCUUCAUGGCAAGAGUAAGGAUGGUGUCCAUUCCAAGUACCAGGCUUCUCAGCCUCAAAGAGUGAAUUUACACAAAACCUAGGUACCUCUUUGUGACUCCAUUCCUCAUCCUGAACAUGAUUAAGUGCCAGGGUGGCAGUACACUUUGUCUCUCUCUCCUGUCUCUUAAAAAAAAGUGAUAGCUCAGAAAUAUGUGCAAAAGCAGACAUUUUAGUUUAAUUUGACUCUUUUCAUUAUUUCCAGGGACAUAAAGUAGACUGCCAGAGCUCUUGUUUCUGUCUGUUCUCUUCCCUACCCUUUCCUCCACCCACUUGAAUAACACCUAGAGGAUUUAAAGGGAGGCAGAUGUAGAUGGAAUGAAAAGUGAUAUCUAGUUCAUAGUGGAUGAAAGAACUAAAGAGAUUGUUAUGGAUUCUCUAAGCAAGGGGAAACAGAACUAAAGACCACAGGCAAAAAUGAGCCAGGUAAAAAUUGGGCCUAAAUUUAAGACUGGCUGACAGAGAGCCUUCAAGGAAGGGGUUAUUUCUCUGUCAGUGGUGAUGGGAGGAGAAAUACUUUAACUCAGGAUUUCUAUUGGAGAAUCGAAGGGGGUUGGAGUGUUAAAUACGUUGCCUAGAGAAGAGUUCUUUCAAGAAACACAAACAAUGCAACUUUGGGUGCUUUCUCUUUUGUUUCCAUUUGAUUUAAUUUAUGCAGAAGAUUAAUACUGUGCCCUUUAUUUCACUAGUAUUUAGUAAAAGCCUGUUAUUUUCUGUUUCUGCUUACUGGGAAAAUUGAGCUGUACAGGCUUUAUUUUGCUUUCAUUUGGGAACAUUUGGAAAAAUAGCAAGCUUACUUUCCUGUAUGAUAUAAAGACUUAAAUGAAUAUUCAUAAUGCUUUUCACCUGUUCUUGCUUCUGUUAAAACUAUAUCCUUAGAAAUAUAAUUUGAAUAACUUGGUCUUGUCAGAUUCUGAAGACUGUGGAAAUUGUUGUCUUGAUAGAAAAAUAACCUACAAAAAAUGUGACUUUAAUUGUCUUACUUGAUAAUUUGCCCCGGUAACAACUUAGUAAUUGAUGUGUCUCUUUUCCUAAAUAGCAUUAAUGCUUGUGAGAUUGCUCUGUCAAAUUGAAAGCGUACCAUUCACAUAUUUUUGUCUUUCCUUAUAUGCGUGAUAGUAAAAUAAAAGCAUGUUACUCGGCUA